AUGUAUUUCAUCUUUCUCUGUCAGCAGGAAUCUGUACAGUUUGUAAAAGCAGAAUCUUCACCCAUGGCUUGUCGCAGCCUAUCGGACACAUUCUCACACUUUCUUGCGCCAAUUCAGCUUGCUGAAGCGGCUGUAAAAGAGGAUGAUAUCAGUAAACUUCUACCGCUUCUCGGUCAUUCUAAGAAUCUCAACGACUGUAGCUCUGAUCAACUGGUCACGGAACAAUCAUAUGUGAACCAACAGGCCAAGGAAACAUUGCUUCAUUUUGCUGUCCAUCAAGAUGCAGCCAGGUGCGUCGCUCUCCUAUCCAACCCACCCUAUUCAUGGUCUGUCGAUUGCCCGAACUUGGCUGGCGUCACUCCUGCAGAGCUGGCUGCAUCCAGGGGCUAUCUGCCCGUUUGGUAUCCAUUAGCAUCGAAAUCGGAGUCCAUUCCUCCCUCUGUGUCUGAGCGAGAAUUCAACCUGAGCGCGUCGAGGUCUGUGGCCGAGGUGCUCAUCUAUCCGCAUAUUUUUGUGAAGCAACCAUUGGACUUGACCACGCUUGUUGAAACUUCCGUUGCUUUGGGGGCUAAUGAGCUUACUAUGCGAAAUUUGGCCCUUUUGCUCGAACUAUGGUUGGCCACUCCGACGAUCAUUCGGGAGGAUGAGUCAUGCAAACUACACUUCUGGUCCCCUCCCCCUCCACCUGCCAAUCCAGGUACAGCGCCAUCCCACCCGACAGACUGCCAAAACUAUCCCUUCUGUCUUGCUCCCCAAGAGGAUUUAUUCCUUCCCGUUACAGCCAGAUUCCAAUCCAUUUUCGAUGCGUGGGCUUUCCAUCGGUUGCAUCACCGCUCUGAUUUGACGGACUCGCAUUCCGACACCUACACUCGUUGCCCGCCUACGUUGCUGGAAUUUUGUCGCAUCAAUAUACGCCGCAUUCUGGUGACCAUGUUAGUUCAACUGUCUAAUCUCCAAACGAAGCCAAUUAAAAGGACGAAUUAUGCUCGUCUCGUUGCCAAGUUACCCAUUCCACCCUUUCUGCAAGCGUUUCUCGCUUUCCGUGAUCUGUGGCCCUCUUGGAAACGGCACAUGGUCCGGAUACAUCAUGUCAGAUUGACACCACUGCCAGCACAGCACUUGUUUUUGGACGAUCCUUGGUUCCCUGAUAUCAUGUAUCAUCAACCUGAAUGAUUGACUUCCGUAGUGCUUUGAACAACUUAGCUGCCUUUAUCUUUGAUUUUAUCUUUUUUAUACUUUUUUUACUACGCUUGCAGUUGCUAUUUUUGCUUCUUUUAUCACAAGUGGUUUCUUAGAUUGCGCCACUAGAGCUUUGGACAAACUGUUUUUGACGACCCACAUUUUCGAACUUUGGUCCACACAUGCUUGUGGACUGAUUCACUGGGUUCUCCUCGUCCCCAUUUGCUCUUCAUCUUGAGUGCUUGAUCUGUUGGACUUCCCCGACAUAACCCUCUGGAGGCAGCCCCUCACCGUCACAUAUCGAUACCCAUAUUGUGGCUCUUUUUGCUCUUCCUUCAAGGGAUUGACAAGUCUCCCCUCACACAGUCUCUUUUCUCGCGUCGUUAUUUGACUGUUGUCAGAUUCGCCUUUCAUUUGAUAUUGGUGUAAAUGUUCCAUCCUGCUAAACUCCACCAUCACUGGCUUUUUUCUUUGUGUCG